AUGGCAUCCUCAUCCGCUCCCGCCGUCACGGAGCCCGUCCCGAUCUACAAGCUCGCCCAGCGAUACCUGCUGUACGAUGUUGACGUUGUGACCUAUCUGAGAAGGGAGCACAACAUCAGUGGCGUUCUCAUGGGUACUCUGCCUCAGGCCUCUCAGCAGAAUGUCUUCCUCGGCCUACCGUUGGAAUUGAUGCCGGAGGAGGCUCGUGUGCUUGUUGAGAAGAACGCUGCCUACAUCGUGGACGAUGUCCCUCAGCACAGGGAGAGCUUCCUGGCCGGUAAUCUUGGUGCGGAGGAGCAGAGGGCAUAUCAGGCUGCUUUGCGCAAGCAGGGCCAAAGUGCUGCCGCUGAACAGGUGCGGAAGACCAGCGAGAGGAAGAAGAACGCGUUGAAGAAACAAGGCACGGAGAAUUGGAACGACAUACCAGACGACAUGCUCUCUUCCAUGCCACGUCGGGUGAAGAAGGUGAAGGACGAGGCCAAGGAUGAGACAACCGCAACGAGCAGUGGAUCGGAUGAUGAUAUGUUUGCGUCUCCUGCGAACUCGUUCCCAGCCAAAUCUGUUCGCUCGCGCACUCCAUCAGAUGCCAGUAACGCUGGCCCUGAGCCGUACGGCGUCACUCCCACGACUUCUUACCCACCUCUACAGGCACCCAAGCCAGCCGAUGGUGCUAGUAUUCCAGCCGUUCCCAAGUCUUACCCGAUCUACAAGCAUUUGCACGAGAACGGCUACUUCAUGGCUCCCGGUCUGCGCUUCGGCUGCCAAUACAUGGCCUACCCUGGCGAUCCCUUGCGGUUCCACUCUCACUUUCUAUGCAACGGCAUGGACUGGGAUCAGGAGUUUGAUCUUCAGGAUCUCGUUGGCGGUGGCCGUCUGGGCACCGGUGUGAAGAAAGGCUUCCUCAUUGGCGGUCAGGAGAGGAAAGAGCCUACGCCCGCAGGUGACGACAGUAACGUGCGGGCAUUCUGCAUCGAAUGGGGCAGUAUGUAG